AUGAGCACCCCAAAACGCCGAAGAUUCGAGUCCGACGAUGACCUUGCACCUAUGAGUGCCUUUUCUCUGCGCCGCCAGCUCUUGGCUGCAAAGGGUACGGUUACCACUGCGGUUCCUUCUGAGCCUUCAAGCUCAGCAUCCUCGCCAGCUCCUAAAAGCCCGAUCUCGGCGUCAGCCGCACUGCCUGCUGGGCGACGAUCCGCAAGGAAGCAAGCUUCUUUGAAUGCGCCAUCACCGCAACCCUCACUCAGCCCCGGGGGCCGGGAAGCCACCGUCAUAGCUCAGGAAUCACCAGCCAAAAAGCCUGUAUCUGGGGCGUCAUUGACCACCAGCGACAAUGGCCUGCCUCUUGCCCCUGUACAGCAGUUUUCAACGUUCAGGCCUAACAAGCAGAAUGCUCGGAAACUCGCGGGGGGCGUUCUCCAGCUGAGACUCAGCACAAGCGAGCGAUUUCUUGUUCUCGGCAGCUUCGGUAUUCGUGUCGUCAGCGGUGAGGUCACCAUCGCUGGCGCAACACUGAACAAAACCGACAACAUCAUAUGGGCACAUGCGGCCCAUUGCCACGCCAUUCCUGUGCUGCGAUGCUCGGAGGAUACGAAGAUUGAGCUGCAUCCUCACCCCCGAGCCAUCGAGCUGCGCCGGCUCGAGAGGCUGUCGCCUAUGUUCCGCAGCCUCUGGAACGAACCUUCAAAGCCUGGAACAGGAGCCAAGAAUGAACUGGCUUCAACUUUCCAGAUUAUCGGAACUGCGGCCGAUGCGCCAAAAAAGGCUGUGAUUCAAGAUCUGGUGUCGCAUCCCGCCUGGAAUAAGAAGCUGGCGGAACUUGUGGCCAGGGGGGGGAGCAAGGCGCCGGUCGUCUUUCUUUGUGGGCCAAAGUCUUCAGGGAAAUCAACUUUCGGCCGCAUCCUGGCUAACCGGCUGUUAACGUCGCCGUCCCAACGAGCGAAGAGACCUGCUGUGGCCAUACUGGACCUCGACCCUGGGCAGCCUGAGUUCAGUCCUGCUGGCACCAUGUCGCUUGUCCAUGUCAAAACGCCAAAUCUAGGCCCCUCUUUCACACAUGCCGUACCGGAAACCACAGAUGCAAGCGUCAUCCGGUGUCAUGCCACGGCAUCCAUCUCACCAGCAGCAGACCCCGAGCAUUAUGUCGAAUGUGCCCAAGAUCUAUUUCAUCACUACCAGCAAUCUGCAUUGCGUAACCGUCCUUUGAUCAUCAACACCCCCGGCUGGAUUCUCGGAACAGGUCUUGAUCUUUUGACGGAGCUCAUAUCAAAAUUAGCGCCGACGGACGUUAUCUACAUGUCUGAGGACGGACCAACGGAGAGCGUUGACGCUUUACGCAGCGCCACGAGGACUAAUUUCACGACUCUACCCUCGCAGCAAACGGAGUUCACUUCGCGAACAGCGGCCCAUCUGCGCUCUAUGCAGACCAUGUCGUAUUUUCACUCCAUCAGGGCAAGUACUGGACAGGUCAUCUGGGACCCUGCUCCUUUGACAAGUGUCCCUCCUCUGCAGGUGCAGUACGCCGGAGACAUCUCUGGGUUCCUGGCGAUCCUCAGUUACGAGUUCCAGCCUCCAGCGAACCUCUUGGCGGAAGCGAUCAACGGAUCUGUUCUGGCGCUCGUCGAGAUUGAGGAUGGCAAGGCCUUGAGGUUUCUGCCCGAAGUCGACUUCAAAGCCUUCGGUGAUGUCUCUGUGGAUCCUGAGACCAGUAUGGACGUGGACGAUAAGCCAGCCGCAACUGCGACGGGACCUCGUGUCUCGCGGUCUCCGGAGGGAAUCCCAUUCAUCUCCAAUCCUACAUCACAGACACUCGACCCGCGAUACUCGCAAACUCUUGGCCUUGUGCUCCUCCGCGGCAUCGACGUUGCGAAGAAGAGCCUGCAGCUUUUGACGCCCAUUUCGGUGCACGCCAUUGAGGAGAGCCGCAAGGCGGGCAGGCAGCUCGUGCUGGUGCACGGUAGGUUUGACACGCCUGGUUGGGCAUACACUGAGGACUCAUACUCGCGGACGUACAGCGAGACUGCCGUUGACGAGAGGGAGACGGAGAUCACAGAAGAGGAUACAGACAAUGACGACUCGGAGGCUGAGCCGGAAGACCUGGGUAUGGCCGGCGAUGUGGCCGAGACGCCAUGGGUCGAGGUCCUGCGCGGGAAUGAGAAGCGGCCGGUGGGUUCGAGAGUCUGGAGGGUGCGUCGAGAUCUGGGCAAGGGCGGGCCUGGAGGUGACUGA